CGCCAGCGAUUACAAGCCGUUUAUGGAAGAGUACGACGCGCGGAAUGGGGAGAUGCUGAACGCAUUUCCUUCUGCAGAUGGCGCGGGCGAAUCACUUCCUAAGCUACCGUGGUCAUCAGUGUCCUCGUUUGUCGCUCUUGUCUCAGACCAGUGGCCUACCAAACAGUCCCAUGAAAUUCAUAAAAAUCAGCAGCAUCCCAGCAUUGUUACCGUUAAUGGCUUCUCCAAGCAGGAAUUCGUUGUCGUGGUCCAGCAGUGCCAGGAAGUGACCGAAAAGCUGCAAGUGAUGGGAAACACUUUUGUAAUCGAACGGCCGUACAAGAUUCGCAAAGAACCUGUGGAACGCGAUACAGUUAUCAUUGAAUUGACUCCGCAAGAUUGCGUUCGUGUCAGCUUUCCCAAUGAAACCACCAGCUGGGAUUUUUUAAAAAAGUGUCCGGUUUCUUAUAUCUCGUAAU